AUCGCGAGAAGAGUGAUAACUUCGCCGAGAAAAGGCCUCUCCUUGCUGUGUGCAAAAGCAUCGGAUCUUCUGGGACCAGCCCUCCUUACUGCUGCGUAGAUCUCCAUUCUUUGAGAACAGGGGAAGUGGUCAAAUCCGUGCAGUUCAAAACACCGAUUUAUGAUCUCCACUGCAACAGAAGGAUUCUUGUCGUCGUUUUGCAAGAGAAGAUUGCUGCCUUUGACAGCUGCACUUUCACUAAAAAAUUCUUUGUCACAAGUUGCUAUCCUUGUCCAGGGCCAAAUAUGAACCCCAUAGCUCUAGGAAGCCGGUGGCUGGCCUAUGCGGAAAACAAGCUGAUUCGAUGCCAUCAGUCCCGGGGUGGAGCUUGCGGAGAUAACAUUCAGUCCUACACCGCUACAGUCAUCAGCGCAGCCAAA